CUAGAUUUCUUAUUGUAAUUUUGCUCAUCAAAAAAUGCAUCUUGAUUUAUUAUUUAAUUUUUUGAUAUUUGUACUGAAAACAAGACAAAAAUACUAAAUAAGAAAGUAGUUUAUUUGCAGUUCAAAAAAUUAAAUAAUAUUUCUUAAAAUAAAUAACAGGUCAUAUUUAGAAAAAUUAAAGCCCGCCCCAUCUCACUGAGCAGCCAAUCACAGCUCAGAAUGAUCAGGAGGAUCAGGAAGUGCUCUUAAUUUUCAAAGUUUUUCAACUAUUUUUUAAAUGUAUUUUACUAUAAAUUUAAUUGACUGACAUUAAACAGGAUUUGUAUAAUACAUAUAUUAUUAUUGUAUUAUAUGUAUACACACAAUAUAUAGAGAGAUAUUAUUAUGAGUUAAGAGUGAAGUCUCUGUAAUGAUGUUGAGAUGCAAUGAUGUAAUGACAGGUGAUAAGAGAUUUAAAGUAACACGUUUACCAUGUGCUGAGAUUGAACCAGCUAACCACAUGCAACAGAUGCUUUAUAUUUAUAUUUAAACAUUUCAGAUUUAUUCAUCUGUUAACUACAGUUUUGAUGAUUUAUAUGUUUACUGUACAUUUAUUCCUCAAAAUUGUUGAGUCUGUGCUAAUUUGAUCUUGUCUGUGAAAUUCAGUCUUAUUUAAUGAUGAGAUUUGUAGCAUUAAAGUUUAAUUUCAUAUUGAUUUCAUGAUCUUAUUCAGUCAAUAUUUAAGAUAUCAAGAUUAUAUGAGUAUGAUGAGUUUAUGCAGAAAUGAUUUUUGAUGAAGGUUAAGGUAGUUAAAGAGGUUAUUAUAGGCUGGGUUGGGUUGACGUCACACAGUUAAGCCGCCCCUGAAGCUGGUGUGUGAGCGCAUGUGAUAAAGAGCAGCACAGGUGUAUUCCUUCAUCAGUCUCUCCUAACACAUCUCAUACACAGGAGUCACAGAAUCUGAGCCGUGAUGGGACGCAAGGAGAUCCAAUGCAGCUGGAAGAAAAUAACCAACAAUAUAAAAGACAUCUUUGAUUUUAAAGAAGUUCUGGGCUCGGGCUCAUUUUCGGAGGUGUUUCUGGUGAGAGAGAGAACGACUGGGAACUUUUACGCCCUGAAGUGUGUGAAGAAAAAACAGCUGCACAACUCAAACCUGGAGAAUGAGAUCAAAGUUCUGAGGAGGAUAAAGCACAGUAAUGUGGUGGGUCUGGUGGAUUUCUAUGAAACCCGAACACACUAUCAUCUGGUUAUGGAGCUGGUCUCGGGUGGAGAGCUGUUUGAUCGUAUUCUGGAUCGAGGUGUUUACACAGAAAAAGAUGCCAGUCAUGUGAUCAAACAGGUCCUGGAGGCUGUCUCAUACCUGCAUCAAAACAGCAUCGUUCACAGAGACCUGAAGCCGGAAAACUUACUGUACUACAGUCCAGAUGAAAAUGCUAAGAUCAUGAUCAGUGACUUUGGUUUGUCUAAGAUGUCUGAUCAUGAUGUGAUGUCCACUGCCUGUGGGACACCAGGAUAUGUUGCUCCAGAGGUUUUGGCUCAUAAGCCGUACAGUAAAGCUGUGGAUUGUUGGUCUAUUGGAGUUAUAACAUACGUCCUGUUGUGUGGAUAUCCACCAUUCUACGAGGAGAACGAAACACGACUUUUCUCCAAAAUAAUGAAGGCAGAAUAUGCGUUUCAUUCCCCUUACUGGGACAACAUCUCAGAGUCAGCAAAGGAUUUUAUUCGACAUAUGCUGGAGAAAAACCCCAGUAAACGUUUCACCACUGAACAAGCGCUCGAUCACCCAUGGAUUAUCGGUGUGACAGCUCAGAAUGACAACAUCUAUCAGUCCGUCUGUCAACAGAUCCAGAAAAACUUUGCCAAAUCCAGAUGGAAGCGAGUCAUCAAUGCGACAGUUAUAGUUCAGCACAUGCGACGGCUCCAGAUUGCUCAUGCAGACCCCGUGGUCUCCGCCCCACCGCCAUCAAUCGAGGUGAUGGACGUCUCGUCCGUCAGUCCGCCUGCAGAGGAGCUGGACACAAAUGGCAACUUAUCGUGCAGUCACAUGAGCCUGUCACCUCAGUGUGAUGUCAUCAUCAGGCGCGGCCCGCUGAAGGCCUGUAACAGCGAACCGAUGCACGCGCUGGUCAUCAAUGAAAGCGGUCAGCACUCGUAUCACUCUGAAUCUGACCUGGCCUGUUCCGCUGACAGAGCGGGUGCUGCGGAUGGGCGUGGUCAGUCUCUGCAGACCGGAGUCUGCUCUGUGAUGUAAUCAGCUGACUGGUGAAUGACAGCUGUCAGUCAAAUGAAGAUGAAAUCAUCCUGCUGUUAAAAGAUGGAUUUGUGUGUGUUAUUUCUCUUAAGGGAUUAUCUCCACAACAAACCCACAACUUGAAUCAAGAGUUACACAAGUGCCAAACACACACGCACGCACGCACGCACACACACACACACACACACACACACACACACACACGCACGCACACACACACACACACACACACACGCACGCACGCACGCACACACACACACACACACACACACACACACACACACACACAUUGAAUAAUAAAUUCACUCAGGAAUGCGUUGUGAGACAGUCUUGAGAUCAUCUGAUGUGUUUAUUGUAUAAAUUAUAUCUGCUGUUUGUAUAUUUAUGUACAAUAGUUAUUUAUGCCAUGAUCUGAUGGUGGUGCAUCACAUAGAUAUGUAUAAAGGCUAGAUGUGUUACGGCAGAGUCUCUAACGUCAUCACCUGGCGGCCAUCUUACCGCAGGCAGCUCGCUCACUCAUAGCAUUGAGUUUAAUGGUGCAGGUAUUUUUAAAUGACCAUAACUUGCUAAAAUUUGUUUGGUUUCUUACCAAUGAUAUUAGCGUGGCUAUAAUUCUGGAUGCUUUAACAUGAUUCAUGAAAAUUAUUAAUUAAGUAUGCAGUGUCAUAGGUACAUCUCUGAUGUUUAUAACAAACCAAACCGUUUGAAAAUUGGUAGAAAAUUAAGCAAGUUAUAGUCAUUUAAAAGUACAUGCUCCAUUAAACGCAAUGCUAUGAGUAAGCGAGCUGCCUGUGGUAAGAUGGCCGCCAAAUGCGGACGUUGCACUCAAUUGGCCAGCAGCGCGGGCGAGACAUCUAGCCUUUAUAUACAUAUCUAUGGUGCAUCACGGGAAGGUUUGAUGAUGUCAGAACUGAUGAUUUCUGUACAUUAAACUACUGCAGAUAAACUACUGUUUAAUAUUCUCCAGAGUCGCUGUUAUAAUAUUAUGAAAUAAUUAUCAUUACAUAUAAACUCUUACUUUAGGAGCGUAUGAAGUGUGUACUGACACAGAUCCCUGCUGUAACAAACACAGACACUGCUGUAUGAAAUAAAAAAAUACAGAAAAAUCA